AUGGCGGACUUGGCACACUCGAAUUCCAUAUUCUGAUCCUACGGCCUCCAUCUCAACACCGCCACCAAAGUUUCUUCCUCUUUUCCUUCGCCUCCAAGUCUCCAUUCUCUUCUUAACUUUCGACUUUCAACUCCCUCGAUAUUUCUUAUUCUGUCUCCUCUUCUCUCCAUUAUUUACGCGGUAGUACAAUUAAGUGUGCGGGGAGGACUUGCCUAAUAUUCAUAUUAUUUCAUGGAUUCGUAUCUCGGAAACACCGUGAUGAAGUUGGCUUUGAAAGAAGACCCUGAAGAGCAUCGUAUUGCAUUAUUUAUAUUGCUUCUCUGUGCUUGUAUUGUAAUUGGGCAUCUUCUUGAAAAAAAUCGUUGGAUAAAUGAAUCAGUCACUGCCAUUUUCAUUGGUCUUUUCACUGGAACUCUCAUCUUAGUAACCACCAAGGGCAGAAACUCACAUAUACUAGUGUUUAGUGAAGACCUUUUCUUCAUUUAUGUUCUUCCACCUAUAAUUUUUAAUGCCGGGUUUCAGGUGAAAAAGAAGCAGUUCUUUCGAAACUUUCUAAUGAUCAUGUUGUUUGGGGCUGUUGGUACUGUGAUCUCAUUUUUCAUCAUAUCACUUGGUUCGCUACAUUUAUUCAAGAAAUUUGAUAUUGGCUUCUUAGACAUGGGUGAUUAUUUUGCCCUUGGAGCAAUCUUAUCAGCCACGGAUAGUGUUUGUACCUUGCAGGUGCUUAAUCAGGAUGAGACUCCUUUACUGUAUAGUCUAGUCUUUGGUGAAGGUGUGGUCAAUGAUGCUACUUCUAUUGUACUUUUCAAAGCAUUCCAGAGAUUCAACCUCUCUGACGUCACCUCUUCCAACGCCAUCCAGCUUCUUGGAAACUUUUUCUAUCUAUUCUUUACAAGCACCUUGCUGGGAGUGAUUGUUGGGCUGUCCAGUGCAUACAUCAUAAAGAAACUGUACUUUGGCAGGCACUCAACUGAUCGGGAGGUUGCUUUGAUGAUUUUAAUGCCUUACCUUUCGUAUAUGCUUGCUGAAUUGUGCUAUCUAAGUGGUAUUCUUACUAUGUUCUUUUGUGGGAUUGUCAUGUCUCAUUACACUUGGCAUAAUGUGACUGAAAGUUCACGAGUUACAACCAAGCAUACUUUUGCCACAUUCUCAUUUGUUUCCGAGAUUUUCAUCUUCUUAUAUGUUGGUAUGGAUGCCUUGGAUAUUGAGAAGUGGAAAGUUGUUGGCCAAAGGCCUUGGACAUCGGCUGGAGUGAGUCUAAUACUGCUCGGUUUAGUCCUUGUUGCGAGAGCAGCUUUUGUAUUUCCACUCUCUUUUAUAUCGAACUUGACUAGAAAGUCUCAAACUGACAAAGUUGGGUUUAAGCAGCAGGUUACAAUUUGGUGGGCUGGGCUCAUGAGAGGCGCUGUAUCUGUGGCCCUUGCUUAUAAUCAGUUUACACGGUCAGGGCACACACAACUGCAAGGGAAUGCGAUCAUGAUUACUAGCACAAUCACAAUUGUUCUCGUCACUAAUGUGGUAUUUGCAUAGGAAAUGGGUCAGAGUGGAUGGUUAUAAAGAGGGUUAGGAGUUUCAGGGGAGGGAGCCGGAAGGCAUAAUCUCUGAUGGCCAUUCUUGAAAAGUUGGUCGUAAUUUCACUUUGGUAUUAUAAUAUAGUUAGAAGUAGAAUGUAUCAAUUUAACAAUUAUGUCACCUCUAAUAUCCUAAUAACAUUUCUAAUAUUACCCUUUAAUGACAUUUCUAAUAUUACCCUUCUUGCUUAUUAGAUAAUAUUAAACCACCGAUUCACCCAAAAACUUAAGUUGGUGGUUGAAGGCAAAUUUAAUUAUAUAUCAUUAACAUUCUCUCUCACUUGUAGGCUUGAAAUAUUUGAAAGAUCCAACAAGUGGAAAUUAAUUUUAAUUGGGGAGGAAACAACAAUGCAGGGGUUUGAACAAAGGACUUGCUCUAAUACUAUAUUUAACCAUAAAUUCACUCAAAAGCUUAAGCUGGUGGUUGAAGGCAAAUUUAAUUAUAUAUCGCUGACAGAUAACUUUAACGUUUUAAAGUGAUUGAUGAUUCUCAUCAUAUCUAGCUCUUACUUCUUGAUGUUAAA